UGGUUAGCAGCUUUGGUUAGAUCGGCGACGACCUUCAGUCGGUGAAGAUGGUGGAGGAUUGUAUCAGCAUGUGUCCCUUUUUCCACGUUUAUUUUAACACGUUUCAUAGUAGGCCUGAGCAUUUUAACAUGGACCCGAAGAUCCGAACCGGAACCGACUCAAAAAUACCCGAUCCGGAACCGGACCCCAUGGUCUGUAUAUUAGGUUAUCAAUCUCCAAUCCAUGGAGUUCGUUCACCCACCCACCAAUUUCGAAAUCGGUAAAACUACUCAUAACGCGACGGCGAUCAUGAGCACUGUGGUUGCAGGUCACCCAAAUUCAGAUUCCACCUCUACAACGGUUAUGGAGACGGUGAACGGUUCGCACCAGUUCACGAUCAAGGGCUACUCUCUAGCCAAAGGCAUGGGCCCAGGGAGAUACAUACAGAGCGACGUCUUCUCAAUCGCCGGAUACGAUUGGGCGAUCUACUUCUACCCGGACGGGAAGAACCCUGAGGACAACUCGGCGUACGUCUCUCUCUUCAUCGCUUUAGCGAGUGAUUCUAGCGACAUUAGGGCUUUGUUCGAGCUCACGUUGGUGGAUCAGAGUGGUAAAGGGAGGCACAAGGUGCAUAGUCACUUUGAUCGGACGCUUGAAGGUGGUCCUUAUACGCUUAAGUGUAAAGGAAGCAUGUGGGGUUACAAACGCUUUUUAAGAAGAACAGCUUUAGAAGCCUCUGACUACUUGAAGGAUGAUUCUCUUGUCAUCAAUUGUACAGUUGGUGUUGUCAGAGCUAGGCUUGAGGGUCCGAAACAGUUUGGCAUUGUGCUGCCCUCGUCUGAUAUGGGUCAGGGAUUGAAAGACUUGCUAGAUUCUGAAGUUGGCUGCGACAUAGCUUUCCAAGUCGGAGAUGAGACUUACAAAGCUCACAAACUCAUCCUCGCAGCACGCUCGCCGGUUUUUAGAGCUCAGUUCUAUGGACCAAUUGGGAAUAACAACGUGGAGAGGAUAGUGAUAGAGGACAUCGAGCCAUCUAUCUUUAAGGCUAUGCUUAGCUUCAUCUACACCGAUGUACUCCCUGAUGUGCACGAGAUUACGGGGUCAGCUUCUGCGAGUUUAAUCACGAACAUGAUACAGCAUCUCUUGGCGGCUGCUGACCUCUAUGACCUUGGAAGGUUAAAGGUGUUAUGUGAAGUUUUUCUGUGUGAGAAACUAAAUGUUGAUAAUGUGGCAACAACACUUGCACUGUCUGAACAGUACCAACUGUCAGAGCUCAAAGCCUUCUGCUUAAAAUUUGUUACAUCUCCAGGAAACUUGCGAGCUGUAAUGAAGUCUGAAGGGUUCAAGCACUUGAGCCAGAGCUGUCCCUCUAUGUUGUCUGAGCUGCUGAGCACGGUUGCAGCAGGGGAUAAGAUCUUGACGAGUGAACAAGCUAGCAAGAAAAGAAGUCUGUGUAGUAGUGUGUUAGCCUAUGAUACAAAUGCUGCGAGGCAACUGAGGAGGAGGACAUAGGGGUCCGAUCCAAAUGCAAUGGAACUUUGCGCAGGUCAGCUUACUUUUACUGAUCUGGAAGCAAAGCAGACACCGAAUCUGGUUUUGCUAGAGUUUUAUUGCAAUGGAAUAAUUUGUUCCUAGUAUGUCAACUGUAGUAUAAAGUGUUUAGGCAAAAGACCUCUCUUUUUCUUUGUCCUUCUUUAAGUUCUCUUCAGUUUUUGAACUUGGCUUUGUGUGAUUAUUAGAAGCAUAUGCUAUGCACUCUUAAUUAACAGUCUUAUGAAAGGGAGAAAUGUUUAACUGUUA